AUGGAUGAUUAUAUAUAUCAACCAUUAUCUGUUACUGAAGAAAAUGCCGACGAACAGGUUUUAAUUAAAGAUGGAACUCUUACAGCAAAAAAACCGGUACCAAUUGAGGCUAUUGAACGUAACCAUUUGGAAAACAAGACACGAUCAUCCUUUGAUCGGGUAUUUUUACGCAGAUUUUUUCGACUUCUCAAAAUAUUGUUUUCAGUAAAAACACCAGAGGGCAAUUGUAUUUUUAUAUGUUUUAUGUUGAUGUUAACAAGUGCUAUCAACGAAAUCUUGGCAUACUUUGUUGGAAAAAUCCCUUCAAAAUUUUACACAACGUUGGUUGGAAUUGAUGGUGCACAUUUCAAGACAUUAUUGGUUUAUUCAACAUGUAUUGUUUUAUUAACUGGUUUGGGAAGAAGUAUAAUGUAUUUUGUUGGUGGGCUUUUUGAAUUGUUGACAAGAAAAGUUUUAACAAGACAUUUACAAAAUAAAUAUGUUAAGCCAGAUAUAUUUUAUAGAAUACUAAUUACAAGACAUGAUCGUAUAACUCAAGAUGUAGACAAUUUUUCUAAAUCAUUAAGAAUAAUUUGUCAAAAUACAAUACUUGCACCAUUUUUAAUAAUUUAUUAUACUUACUUGACAUGGAAUAUUAGUGGAUAUUUGGGACCAUUAAUCAUUUAUUUAUAUUUCAUAUUCAGUUUGUUUGCUUGUCGAUUUUUAAUAAAUCCGAUUUCAAAAAUAAUUUUCUUGAAAGAAUUUCACGAAGGAAAUUUUAGAUUUCUACAUGUAAGAAUCCGUCAGUUUGCUGAAAGUAUUGCAUUUAGUUGGGGUGAAAAAGUAGAAGAGGCUAGAUUAUCAAAAUUUUUUGAUUCAGUUCUUAAUUAUCAAAGACAAAGGAUUGACAAAGAACUAGUGUUACGAUCUUUAACUGAAUCAGUUGCAUACUUUGGAUCAAUACUGAGCUAUCUUAUUAUUUCCAUUCCUAUUUUUUUAGGCGAAUACGAUGAUACCGAUAAAGAUGUACUUAGUGGAUUAAUUAGUUUGAAUGCUUUCUUCACAUUAUAUCUUAUUGGUAAAUUUACAAGUUUGAUCGAAGAAUCAACCAAUGUUUCGAACUUGGCAGGGUUUACUGCACGUAUAGGACAAUUAUUAGAAGCACUUGAUGAUGUUAAUGAUGAUAUUAAUGGUGAAUUAAACAAUAUAAAUAUUAAAGAUCAAUCAUUAGACCCAAGAGAAGCAACGGGAGAAUUCGUAACAUCAAGAUCCGAAUCAUCAUCAAUUAUAUUUGAUCAAGUAACAUUUGAUACACCAUCAGGCGCAACACUUUUAAAGGAUUUAGAAAUUGUUAUUGAACAAGGAAAAAAUUUAAUGUUAAUUGGCCCAAAUGGUAGUGGUAAAACUUCAAUCUUGAGAGUUAUGUGUGGUUUAUGGCCAACGAAUAAAGGUCAAAUAACAAGACCGAAAAUGAAUAUGAAUUCAAGACAACAUUUAUUAGUUUAUUUGCCUCAAGUUCCUUAUUUAGUAUAUGGAUCUUUAAGAGAUCAAAUCACAUAUCCAGUGAUCAAUGAUCCUAAACAACAAAAUAUUUCAGAUCAAGAAUUGAAUUCAUUAUUGGAAAAGGUAGAAUUAACACAUUUAAAAUCUUUAAUACAGAAUUAUGAUUCGAGAUAUGGUGAAGAUUGGAAUAGAAUUUUAAGUCCUGGUGAACAACAAAAAUUAUCAUUUGCAAGAUUACUUUAUUGGAAACCAUUAUAUGCAGGUAAUCAUCGUUAA